GCGGGCGGGAGGCGCAGGCCGGUCCGGUGUGGCCGAGAGGGAGCACCACUGUCGCUGCCAGUUGUGCCUCGAGGCAAGAGCACCGGGUGGCGACUAAUAACGCCUGGCUUGGCAGCUUUCCGGCUGAUUGAUGUCGCACGUCAGGUCCCCCUCUCGUCGCGAAGCCUUCCCGAACAAUGCCAGCGCACGCCGAAGGCCCCCUUUUCGCCCUUCUCCUUUGGCACUCGCCAGGACUUUUAGACUGUGAGGAGCAGUUGGAGCUAAUACCCAUCAUGGAAAUGGAAACCACUGAAUCUGAGCCAGACUGUGUAGUGCAGCCUCCCUCUCCUACUGAUGACUUUUCAUGCCAGAUGAGACUCUCUGAGAAGAUCACUCCGUUGAAGACUUGUUUUAAGAAAAAGCCAGAUCAGAAGAGAUUGGGAACUGGAACUCUGAGGUCUUUGAGGCCAAUAUUAAACACUUUGCUAGAAUCUGGUUCUCUUGAUGAAGUUUUUAGACCUAGAAAUCAGAGUGCAGAUGAGAGCAGCUUACAUGAAUCUAUUGUGAAAAAGCCUUUGGAAAUCAAUACACCUUGUCCACCAACAGAAAACAGUAUGUCUGUCCUGAUUCCUGACGGGACAAAUGUUGGGGGCCAAAUACCAGAAGCCCAUCCUUCCACUGAUGCUUCAGAACAGGUGGUUCCCAUCCAGGAUCACAGUUUUCCAGCAGAAACCCUCAGUGGGACAGUGGCAGAUUCUACAGCAGGGCACUUCCAGACUGACCUUUUACAUCCAGUUUCAAGUGAUGUUCCUGCUAGUCCUGACUGCAUAGACAAAGUCAUGGAUUAUGUUCCAGGGGUUUUCCAAGAUAACAGUUUUACAAUCCAGUACAUUUUGGACACCAGUGAUAAGUUGAGUACUGAGCUCUUCCAGGACAAAAGUGAAGAGGCUUCCCUUGAUCUCGUGUUUGAGCUGGUGAACCAGUUACAGUACCACACUCACCAAGAAAAUGGAGUUGAAAUUUGCAUGGACUUCUUGCAGGGCACUUGUGUUUAUGGCAGGGAUUGUUUGAAACACCAUACGGUAUUGCCAUAUCACUGGCAGAUCAAGAGGACAACUACCCAGAAGUGGCAGAGUGUAUCCAAUGAUUCCCAGGAGCACUUGGAAAGAUUUUACUGUAAUCCGGAAAAUGAUAGAAUGAGAAUGAAGUAUGGAGGACAAGAAUUUUGGGCAGAUUUGAAUGCCAUGAAUGUGUAUGAAACGACUGAAUUUGACCAACUGCGAAGGCUGUCCACACCACCCUCCAGCAAUGUCAACUCCAUUUACCACACAGUCUGGAAAUACUUCUGUAGGGACCACUUUGGAUGGCGAGAAUAUCCUGAGUCGGUUAUCAGAUUGAUUGAGGAAGCCAACUCCCGAGGUCUGAAAGAGGUUCGGUUUAUGAUGUGGAAUAACCACUACAUCCUCCACAACUCCUUCUUCAGGAGAGAAGUGAAAAGGAGACCGCUCUUCCACUCCUGUUUUAUCCUGCUUCCAUAUUUACAGACACUUGGUGGUGUUCCCACACAGGCUCCCCCGCCUCUUGAAGCGGCCUCCUCGUCCCAGAUCAUCUGCCCAGAUGGGGUCACCUCGGCCAACUUCUACCCUGAAACCUGGAUCUAUAUGCAUCCAUCUCAGGACUUCAUCCAAGUGCCUGUUUCUGCAGAGGACAAAAGUUAUCGGAUCAUUUACAAUCUCUUUCAUAAGACUGUGCCUGAGUUUAAAUAUAGAAUUUUACAAAUAUUGAGAGUCCAAAACCAGUUUCUCUGGGAGAAAUAUAAAAGGAAAAAGGAGUACAUGAACAGGAAAAUGUUUGGCCGUGACAGGAUAAUAAACGAGAGACAUUUAUUUCAUGGAACGUCCCAGGAUGUGGUAGACGGAAUCUGCAAGCACAACUUUGACCCUCGAGUCUGUGGAAAGCACGCUACCAUGUUUGGACAAGGCAGUUACUUUGCAAAGAAGGCAAGCUACUCUCACAACUUUUCUAAGAAGUCCUCCAAAGGAGUCCAUUUCAUGUUUUUGGCCAAAGUGCUGACUGGCAGAUACACGAUGGGCAGUCAUGGCAUGAGAAGGCCACCUCCAGUCAAUCCUGGCAGUGUCACCAGUGACCUGUAUGACUCCUGUGUGGAUAAUUUCUUUGAGCCUCAGAUUUUUGUCAUUUUUAACGAUGACCAGAGUUACCCUUAUUUUGUUAUCCAGUAUGAAGAAGUCAGUAACACUGUUUCCAUUUGAAAAAUCUUGGUACUGCUAAAUUAUUUGAUAUGAACUCAAUUCAGCAUUUGUAGCAGGUUUUGGAUGGGUGGGACUGGGUGGGGAACAGCAUUGGACAUUAAUUGGGCACUUUUCAGACCCUUUUUUUUAAGUGCUAGAAAGUGAGUUUGUUUUGUUUUUGUUUUUUUUUUUAAGCAAAACACAAGUUUUAAAAUGACCACUUAUCCUUUAAUUACUAAUUGUCAUUAGUGUACUCAGUGUGGAAAAGACUACAGAUUGCAUACUUUCAUUCACACUUGUACAUAUAGUCAGCGAUGUUAUUAGAAGCAUUUGGAAAAAAAGAAAAAGACACUCAAUAUCAGCCUAACUAGUUAAGUCUGGCUUAGGCCUGGAAGAAGUGAGGCCAAACAAAUGAAAUGGAGGCUGUGAGCAAAGUGAGGAUCGUGUUUGUUUACAGGGAUAGAACGGACUAGAACUGCUACUACCGAGCUUACUCCUGUCCAGAGCAUCACUGCUACAGUGCAGCAUAAGUUCAUGCGAUUCUGUGGGUAGAAAGAAAUUCUCGUUUCUUAUCAGCAGGACUGAAAUGCAUCACCCAACCAGAGAGUGUUAGUGACUAACUGUUCCACAGAGUUUGCCUCAGAAUCCAGUUAUGUUUAGGGGAAGUAAAAAGAAGUAUUUGAA